GUCUGGAAUCACUGACGUGUCUUUGAGGAAGCUCAGGCAAGAUGGCGUACCAAACUUUUCAACAAGAAUACAUGCAGAUCCCCGUGGUUACACGGACGUAUACAACUGCCUGUGUAGUAACAACACUUGCAGUGCAACUUGAGCUGAUAACUCCGUUCCAGCUUUAUUUCAAUCCCGAACUUAUAUUUCAAAGAUAUCAGUUUUGGAGACUGGUAACUAAUUUUAUGUUUUUUGGAACAAUUGGAUUCAAUUUCUUCUUCAACAUGAUUUUCACCUACCGCUACUGUAGGAUGUUAGAGGAAGGGUCAUUCCGAGGACGAACAGCGGAUUUUGUUUUCAUGUUUAUAUUUGGUGGAGCUAUAAUGACUGUGAUUGCUUUGUUUGUUAAUUUAGUUUUUCUGGGCCAGGCUUUCACCAUUAUGUUAGUAUACAUCUGGAGCAGGAGAAACCCCUUAAUAAGAAUGAACUUUUUUGGUCUUCUUACUUUUAAGGCACCCUAUUUACCAUGGGUGCUGUUUGGGUUUUCCCUCAUGUUGGGAAAUUCUGUCAUGGUGGACCUUAUAGGUAUUGCUGUAGGUCAUGUGUAUUAUUUCUUGGAGGAUGUGUUUCCAGAGCAGCCAGGAGGAUUUAGGAUACUCAGGACUCCAGGAAUCCUGAAAGCCAUUUUUGAUGCCCCCCCUGAGGAUCCAAACUACCAACCCCUCCCAGAGGAAGACAGGCCUGGGGGAUUCAACUGGGGUGAGGGACAGCGAGUGGGUGCUGCUGAAAACGUUUUGUUAGAAAUUCACCUGUGA